AGCAAUGUUGCUCCAAGCAUGUGGCUGCAGAGUGCGUUGUCCUCCCUGGAUGCCUGUGAGGGCUCCUAUGGCUACGGGCCGCGCCGACCAUGCAGGGCCUCACCAGGCUCAGCGUCAUGCUCGACCAACACACUUGCAUGCUCCAGCAGCUUGAGCACAAUGGCUCCAGAAGAUUCAGAAGAGUCGCACGCUCUCCAUGAGGAACAGCUGGACGAAGCCAGUCCAUUGAAGAGCUUGGGAUGGCGUGAUGGCUUGCGGAGUGGUCGCAAGCUGACGACCCGUGAUGACUGGCAUUCCUUUGAGGUGCGUUUGCUUCACCCUUUGGAGGAAGGCAAGUCGUUUGAUGAGGCGGUCUUUUCGCCCAAGUCUGGGGACGAAGGACGGUGCCGCUCUGCUUCCCCAAGUCUGCGCGGGCGCUUUGAGGCGGGCGCUAUGGCCCAUGCCCAGGGCUUCGACGACGAGAAGUUCCGAGGCCACGCGAAGAUCAUCGCCCGCGACGUGGCGCGGGUGUUCGCAGGCCACGAAGCAGUAGACCAGCUUCGACUGCACAUGGCAGCCAUUCUCAGAGGCUACGCCAGGAGAUUCCCAACACUGGGCUAUACGCAGGGUAUGUGCUUCUUAGCGGCGGUAACUUGCAGUAAGGGACCUGAUGCCGAGCAGCUGUUUGUGGACUACAUGUCGGCGUUUCAGUUGCUUUGGUCGCCUGGGUUUCCGUUGAUCGAGGAGGGCAUGCCUUUGUUUCGCGAGCUCCUGGAUGAGCUGGAUGGAGAGCUGAGUUCUCAUCUCUUCGACAGUCUAGGCCUGAAUCUAACGGCGGUACUGCCGACUGCUUGGCUGUCAAUGUUUGGCAAAUGGCUGCCCUUCGAAAUGCUCAACGAUGUCGUGCCAUUCCUGGCUUCGGCCGGGCUUGCUGGCUUUCUGACUGUGACCAUGGUGAUUCUCACCUCGUACCGGUGCGAGCUCAUGGGACAUCAGCAUGUGGAGGAAGUCCUGAUAUUCAUUGCCAGCCUGCGCAAGUCUCCCACGCCAGCAAACUUGAUGUUCCGCUGCCACCAGACGUUGCCCAGCGUGACGCAGCAGGUGCCAGGCUGAUGGCUCCAAAGCUCCAAAUUCUCGCAGCUCAUGCACUGAGCCCGCCUGAGCUGCCAGUUAGUGCGUAAGGCGCGCGAGGCUUGAGAGCCCAUUGCCAUGGACAGGGCUUCAAAAGGAAGCGGCU